GGGAAUGUCGGGAGUAGUGGUGUACUGUUGGCAGUAGCAGGUGAAGCUGAGCCGACUCCGCGGGUGUUUUGGUGUUUUUUCACACCACUUCAGACUACCAGAACACUGCAUUGGGUAUCACUGAAGGCAACAGCUGCUGCUUAUAUGAUUUCAGUUUGUUAAAAUGAGCAGUCGCAAAUCUAAGAGUAACAACUUAAUACAUGCAGAGUACCUUUCACAGGUACAAGGAAUUUUACGGGAAAGAUUUUGUCAUCAGAGCCCACAUAGUAACUUAUUUGGAGUACAAGUACAAUACAAACACUUAAUUGAGCUGCUAAAAAGAACUGCUAUCCAUGGAGAAAGUAAUUCUGUACUCAUUAUUGGACCCCGAGGAUCAGGAAAAACCACGUUAAUAAACCAUGCUUUGAAAGAACUAAUGGAAGUAGAAGAAGUGAGUGAAAAUAUAUUACAAGUGCACCUAAAUGGACUGCUGCAGAUCAAUGAUAAAAUUGCCCUAAAGGAAAUCACAAGGCAGUUAAAUCUGGAAAAUGUAGUUGGAGAUAAAGUUUUUGGAAGUUUUGCUGAAAACCUUUCAUUUCUUCUGGAAGCUUUAAAAAAAGGUGAUCGGUCUAGUAGUUGCCCAGUGAUCUUCAUAUUAGAUGAAUUUGAUCUUUUUGCUCAUCAUAAAAACCAGACACUCCUCUAUAAUCUGUUUGACAUUUCACAGUCUGCACAGACUCCACUAGCAGUAAUUGGUCUUACAUGUAGAUUGGAUAUUUUGGAACUCUUAGAAAAAAGAGUAAAGUCACGGUUUUCUCACCGGCAGAUACAUUUAAUGAAUUCAUUUGGAUUUCCACAGUAUCUUAAAAUAUUUAAAGAACAAUUAUCUCUACCUGCAGAAUUUCCAGACAAGAUCUUCACUGAGAGGUGGAAUGAGAAUGUUCAGGGUCUCACAGAAGAUAGAAGUGUGCGAGAAGUACUACAAAAGCAUUUCAAUGUCAACAAAAACCUGCGGUCAUUACACAUGCUAUUGAUGCUUGCUUUAAAUCGUGUAACAUCAUCACACCCGUUUAUGACUGCAGCAGAUCUGAUGGAGGCAAACCAGUUGUGUAGCAUGGACUCUAAAGCAAAUAUUGUACAUGGUCUGUCAGUCUUGGAAAUCUGUCUUAUUAUAGCAAUGAAACAUUUAAAUGACAUCUAUGAAGAGGAGCCCUUUAAUUUUCAAAUGGUCUAUAAUGAGUUUCAGAAGUUUGUUCAAAGGAAAGCCCAUUCUGUUUAUAAUUUUGAAAAACCUGUUGUCAUGAAGGCAUUUGAACACUUACAACAAUUAGAAUUAAUAAGGCCCGUGGAAAGGACUUCGGGACUUUAGGAAAUGCCUGGAAAAACAUUCCCGCAAUUAAUGGUAAGUGUGUGGCACUAUUGACUAAACUUACUUGUAUCAAAAAUUGUAAAUCCCUAAAGGCAAUGUAGAAAUAGAAAUGCUCACCUUAUAAAUUUAGGAGUCCAGGAACUAUUUAGGAGUCCAGGUUUAAAAUGAAAUUUAAUAAGCAUUUGCUAAGUGUUAGUGACUUCAUUUAUUUAAGAACAUUUGAUUGUAUAUUGUUUUUAAAAGACAGUCCCUGUCCUUGUGUAUUUCAUAAUCCUUUUAACUAUCAAGUGCCCUGUGAUAUUCAGGGACUGUUAUUUAUUAUUUACAGUUGAGAAAAAACUGACAUACUAGUGGCAGUGUUCAGAAUCACACAGGUAGAGAAUGAUUGACACACUCUGGAAUUCAACUCAGGUUUGACUGUCACCAAAGCCCCACUGUCAAGAGUUUAAAUUCCUUAACAGGUUCUUGCCAUACGUUUUUUUUUAAGUAUGCUCUAAGAAAUUAUUCACCAGGUUUUUUAAGAAGUGUCAGGUAUAGAAUGGACUAUAAUAUUUCUGUGUGUAAAAAGUAGCUC